UCGUUGAUUGAAUCGAAUCAAGAUCGUGAUUCGAUUCAAUCAACGAGUCGAAUCGAUUCGUUGAUCGAAUCGAAUCGAUUCGUUGAUUGAUUGAUUGAUUGAUUGAUUGAUUGAUUGAUUUGAAUUGAUUGAUUGAUUGAUUGAUUGAUUGAUUGAUUUGAUUUGAUUGAUUGAUUGAUUGAUUGAUUGAUUGAUUGGUUGAUUGGUUGGUAGGAGGCGGAGGAGGAGGAGGAGGUCCCGAUGGAUGGACAGAGAGAGAGAGAGAGAGAGAGAGAGAGAGAGAGAGAGAGAGAGAGAGAGAGAGAGAGAGAGAGAGACCGAUGGAGGAGGAGGAGGAGGAGGAGGUCCCGAUGGAGGAGGAGGAGGUCACCAUGGAGGAGGAGGAGGAGGAGGAGGAGAUCCCGAUGGAGGAGGAGGAGGUCCCGACGGAGGUGGAGGAGGAGGGGGUCCCGAUGGAGGAGGAGGAGAGGGUCUUGAUGGAGGAGGAGGAGGAGGUCCCAAUGGAGGAGGAGGAGGAGGUCCCAAUGGAGGAGGAGGUGGAGGUCCCAAUGGAGGAGGAGGANGAGGUCCCCAUGGAGGAGGAGGAGGAGGAGGAGGUCCCGAUGGAGGAGGAGGAGGAGGUCCUGAUGGAGGAGGAGGAGGAGGUCCCGAUGGAGGUGGAGGAGAAGGGGGUCCCGAUAGAGGAGGAGGACGAGGUCCCGAUGGAGGAGGAGGAGGAGGACGACGACGAGGAGGAUACACAGAGAGAGAGAGGAACUCACCGGCGAUGGCGAUCCAGAUGGCGGGGCUGGGGUGCCGCGUCCUCGCGAGCGCACUCACGCGCUCGUCGUCCAGAGGCGGGAGUACGAGGGCAGCGUGGGGAGGAUUGGGGCGGACGCGGGCGGUUCACUAUGUAUGCUAGACUAAUCGCUAUGCCUGAGAUGGAUAUGACUGAUCACAUCAUCAAGCUAUUUAUGGACAACUGGGAUGGAAAGAAGUUGAGACCGAUUGAGUAUAUGAGCAAAAAGAUGCCAUCUAAGAAAUUGGCAAAGUCCACCUAUGAAAGGGAACUCUAUGCUCUCUACAAAGCCCUUGUCCAUUGGAGGCACUUCCUGUUGGGACGGUUCUUCUACUUGAGAAUUGACCAUCAAACCCUCAAAUGGAUCAAGACUCAACCGACUCUUUCUGAUGCAUUCAAGCGCUGGAUUGAGGUCAUAGAUCAGUAUGAAUUCAAGCUUGAGUAUCUUAAGGGAGAGUACAAUAAGGUUGCAGAUGCGCUAUCUCGUAGAGCAGACUACCUAGGGGCGCUAGUUUAUGAGUUUGGUGUAUCUCAGGAAGUAACUCAAUCGCUGGUGGGAGCCUAUCAGGAAGACCCUGUCACGAUGGACAUCAUCCGCAAACUUCAGGCAAAAGACAAGGCCACAGAGAAUGAGUUUGUGAUGGUGGAUAGGUUACUCUUUCUUGAUAAGGCCGGGUGUAAAAGGUUAGUAGUUCCAUCGAGUGAGAGUUUGCGCAGUUUAUUUCUAGGGGAAUGUCAUGACGCAACUGGACACUUUGACUACAAAAAGACAAGUGUCAAUCUAGUACAACGAUUUUGGUGGCCUGGAAUGCUAGAUGAUGCAAAGAAGUAUGUAGAAACCUGUCAGGUCUGUCAGCGGGACAAGCCGCGAACUCGAGCACCGCUUGGGUUGUUGAAGCCCUUACCUAUCCCCGCUGGUCCAGGACAGAGUGUUUCCAUGGAUUUCAUGGACACCCUGGUGACCAGUAAGAGUGGCAAGAGGCACAUCUUCGUCAUCAUCGAUCGAUUCACCAAAGAUGUCCGAUUCGCAAGUGAGUUGUGGAAGAAGACUGCUGAGCAGAUGGGCAGUCAACUUCAGAUGACUUCAAGAAAUCAUCCCAAAGCCAACGGACAGGCCGAGCAAAUGAACAGAGUUGUACAACACUUGCUGAGGCAUUACAUCAAGCCCAGCCAGGAUGACUGGGAUGAGAAGUUGCCUCUCAUCGCCAGUCUGUACAACAAUGCUGCACACAUCAGUACCGGCGUCAGUCCUAAUCAGCUGCACUUGGGAUGGAAGCCUAGAUCAGCUCUAGACGUCCUCCUACCUGAAAACCGAUCCUCUGCAACUCCAGGCACACUUGAGUAUGGUGUGCAGUAUGAGAAGUUGCUGCAGCAAGCUGUCGAGCACAUCAAGAAAGCUCAGCAAACAAUGAUUGCUUCUGAGAACAAGCAUCGACGACAGUCCUCAUUUCAGGUAGGGGAACGUGUCUGGGUCAAGGCUAGUGAGCUAGGACAGGAAUUCGGGAUCUCUCGUAAACUAAUGCCUCAGUAUUUUGGUCCCUGGGAAGUCCUGGAUGUAGUGGGGGAUGAGAUGGAUGGUCCUACCUAUGUAAUCCAUAUCCCUGGACACCUACGCACUCACCCUGUCUUUCAUGCCUCAAAGCUUGCACCUUUCGCUGAGACAGAUCAAUUCCCUUCAAGGAGAUCGAUGCUGCCCCCAACCAUGGAUGGUCAAGUGGACAUCGACGACAUUGUGGAUCACAAAGAUCUGCUUGUUCAGAAGCCAUUGGGUAGAGGAAGACCUCCAAAACCCAAGCGGGAGUAUCGCGUCAGAUUCAGGUAUCAUACAGAUCCAAAGGAAGAUCGAUGGUUCACCAGAGAGGAACUGAUUGACACAGCUCCUCAAGUGGUGGCAGAGUAUGCGAGAAUGUUAAAAGGGAAGGCACCUGCGAAGUAAGCAUCUCAGCGGACUUUCGAAGCU